CCGCCGCCCCGCUUCCCCAUGGGGGCCGCCAAGGACACCCAUGAGGACCACGAUACUUCCACCGAGAACGCAGAUGAGUCCAACCACGACCCCCAGUUUGAGCCUAUAGUUUCUCUUCCCGAGCAAGAAAUUAAAACCCUGGAAGAAGAUGAAGAGGAGCUUUUUAAAAUGCGGGCAAAGCUAUUCCGAUUUGCUUCAGAGAAUGAUCUUCCAGAAUGGAAGGAACGAGGCACCGGCGACGUCAAGCUUUUGAAGCAUAAGGAGAAAGGGAGCAUCCGCCUCCUCAUGAGGAGGGACAAGACGCUGAAGAUAUGCGCCAACCACUACAUCACGCCAGUGAUGGAGCUGAAACCGAAUGCCGGCAGCGACCGUGCCUGGGUCUGGAACACCCACGCUGACUUUGCUGAUGAGUUCCCCAAGCCGGAGCUGCUGGCCAUCCGCUUCCUGAAUGCGGAAAAUGCACAGAAAUUCAAAACAAAGUUUGAAGAAUGCAGGAAAGAGAUCGAAGAAAGAGAAAAGAAAGGAUUGGGCAAAAAUGAUAAUGCCGAGAAAGUGGCUGAAAAGCUAGAAGCUCUUUCGGUGAAGGAGGAGAGCAAGGGGUCCGAGGAGGAGAGCAGGGAGGAGGCUGCGGAGAAGCAAUAAGCCGUCCGUCCUCAUCGUCUUUCCCUUCCUUUCUUUCUCUUUCCUUUCUUGUUUUUUAAUUUUGCCCUGCUUUUGUUUGUUUUUUUUUAUUCUGUUUUGUUUUUACAAGGGACUUUAUAUAAAGAACUGAAUUCCAGCAUUCAGGUUGUUUUUUUCUAAGUUUUUGCCCUAUUGAAGUUGACUUCAGAAAAUCCAUUCCCGGUCAUGAAGAUGUACUGUGCUUUCUUUUCCAUAGUGGAAACACUUAUUUAUAGUCAUCGAGAUAGUGAAUAAACACCUUUGAAACCUG